AUCUCAGCUUCUAUAUAAUUCCCCUAUCCUUUUUCCUCCAUGAUCACAUUCAAGUCAUCCUCACAUUAGACUCACAAUAUUUCCAAUAUUUCCUCUUGAACCAUCCAAACAUAUAUCAAAAUGGAUGCCCCCUCCUGCGAAUGCAUCAAAGGCACCAUUCACGCCGGCCAACCCGUUGGCAGCGAAGAAUCGCUCCACGGACUCAACGUCUACGUGACCGGCAACCGCACCAACCCUCGUGCUAUCAUUGUCGUCUACUCCGAUAUCUUCGGCCUUCCUCUCCCCAACAACCGUCUUAUCGCCGACGCUUACGCCAAGUCCGGCAACUACCUCGUCUACCUCCCGGACUUCUUCGAGGGCGAUCCUGUUCCCCUCAAGACGGCCGACGUAUUACUUCCCGUCGACGCGAGCAAGCAGUCUACUCUAGCCAAGUACACGGGCAUUCUAGCAGCCGCGCCAGCCUUUCUGCUGUGGUGGAGAAGACAUCGCGAGGCCCAUACCCACAAGGUGUGCUUUGACUUCCUGGCCAACUUGCGACGGGAUACCCCGGCCGAUCGGAAGAUUGGGAUGGUCGGGUUCUGCUGGGGCGGCAAGUACGCGCUCCGGGCUGGGUUGGAAAGGAAUGGGAUUGAGGGGCAGGACGGGAAGAAGGUCCCUCUCGUGGAUGCAGUGGUCGCGCUGCAUCCCAGCCAUGUCGCGUUACCGGAUGAUGUCGAGGAUCUGGUAGUUCCGACGAGUGUCGGAUGGGGGUUGGAGGAUCAGGGAGUCAACAUUGCCAUCAUGGGCCAGGUGGAAGAGGUACAUGAGAAGGAGAGGCAGAAGGAGAGACAACUGCCGGAGAUUCAACACAAGGUGUACAAGCCGGGUAGGCACGGGUUUGCGGUUAGGGGGAAUCCCGAUGAUCCCUUGGAGAGGGCUUGUCUGGAGGAUUCGGAGAAGCAGGUGCUGGACUGGUUUGCUCGGUGGUUGUGAUGGCGUAUAUGGCUGUGCAGGUAGCCGAGAUCUGUCAUUGAAUUACCGUCUUAGUUAAUAAUGUCCACCCUUGCAUAAUGAAUAUUCUAC